AUGCUACCUGUGGGUGUGGCUAGGAGCGGGGGAGCGCACACUGGGGAGCCUGAAUGUGGUGCCCAUACCUGUGUUCACCUCAAGCAGUAUCGAGUGGAGGCGCUGGGGGAGCCACGCCACCACCCACGCCUGCCCCCACGCCUCAAGAGGAUCACCUCGUCCGCCUCCGCCCGCGAUGCCUCAACCACCAGGCCGCCCUCAUACGCCCUCCACCCAGACGGUCGAGGCAGACUGGUGGCGAGGGUCACCUACGGUCGCCGACACUCGUGGUGCUGCACUCAGGACGGCCUCGAAGCCAAGCACUACCGCACCCAGAGCACCCAGACCUUCACCCACUACCAGGAGGAACCCCGCGUCUCCUGCUGCUACUACCACCACCACCACCACCACCACCACCAACGACGCCAGCGGGACGACUACACCUCCCACGUCCGCCAUGACCACGACCAGAAUCUAAGGAACCACUCCCAACGACACCCAGGAGACGACCACGCCCUCUACCACCACAACGACCUCAGUCCAAGCUACCACGGUCUCCUGACACCUGAUUAUCCCCACCACGGGCAGCAGCAGCACCUGGACGUGUACAACAACGAACAAGACGACUCGGUGUUCAUAAUGGCCAACGACUUCACCCCUUUAAACCACGACACAGAUCUGACCCCCGAUAAAAAAACUAACAGCGUGUUCAGCUUCAUGCGUCGAACAAGCACCCCGAAGCAUCGAGACCCCGAGGACGUGUAUCAGUAACUCUCUGAGGCAACGACACACACUGCUUCGGAUCAAACAAUACAGGGUGUCUCAGAAAAUGUAUACCCACGGCCUUAAUAGAUUUCCAUACCAAUCGCAUGAAUUUUUUUCUAUGACAAAAUCAACAAUACCUUCACUACUUAAUCCUGUAUAUGAGCGAAACUUUACGAAACCAAGUAACCGAAACAGAGGUGAAACAUUUAAAUAAAAAUCGCAAAAAUAAAAACUUCCCCAAAUAGUCAAAUUUGCCCUUCUGAUACACAACAAUGUACAGUAUAACAUUAAUUUUAGUCUCCAGAGAACCGCGACACCUUGAACAAAAAUCACACUUCAUUUACCUUCUACAACAAUCUUCAAACUUGAAUGAGUAAUUAAAUUCAAGGUUACUGAAAGACUCUUUGACGAACAACAGAUGACGCGACAAGAGACAACAUCAAAAAAGGUGAAAAUUCUUCACUGUGUCGCUCAAGUUCGAAGCGUCUCAGAAACUCACUGCUGAAAAAAAGUUGUUUCUCGCUGUCGGAACUUAAGCAUUUACAAUAAUUUCACGGACAGUAAAAGGCAUAAAAAUAUACGUGUAUAUAUAUAAAUUAGUACCAUUGUGUUAGCUUAUGUUUAUGUAUUAAUUAAAUGUGUUGCAACAA